CACGGGAAUACGUCCGCUCCCGUGUGUGUUGUGCGUCCUGAACGCAACUCUCCUUCCUUCCUUCCUUCAAGCAUGGAUAACAUGUGCUUAUCAUUCAUGCCCAUCAUCCUCGAUCCUACCGUGGCAAUGGAAGUCACCAGCCAUAACACGUUACCUCGACCGACCUUGUCACUUCUCAAGAUGAAACGGAUGUCAGCACAGGGAGGAGGAAGUUGCUUCAGUUUCAUAAAUCGGACCGGUGUCGACCUCUUCGUCUCGGUGCGUCCGCCAUAUUUCGCUAGACCCAAAACUAGAGGUGCUAGGCGAAUAGGGCCGGAUCGCUGGAAACCUAACUGACUUGAGGGUUUCGAGAUCAACGUCAAAAGUUAGAUCGGGAGAUGCCAAGUCUAUCAGCUCAGGGGUAGAGAGUUACGUCUUACGAGUGCGGGGUUGAUAGGUAUUUGACAAAUGAUGGAACAUUGGUUGAGGUUCAUCACAACAACAGUAGUAUCGACUGGAUAUGACAUGGUCGCCAGUGGUGGGUGGUCGUAUAUCAAAAGG